AUGGAAGAAGAUCAAGCACAAAGGCAUAUUUACAGGUUGUGCAACAAGAGUUUCUCAAGUGGAAAGGCAUUGGGGGGUCACAUGAGGGUUCAUGAUGCUCUGAAUCCUGUCGAAGAAGAGGUAAAACUGAAUAAAUGCAAAUUGGGUUUUGAGGUCAAGGAGAAUUCUGGUUAUGGGUUGAGAGAGAAUCCAAGAAAAUCUUCGAAAUUCGCAAGCUUGAACAGCACUGCACCUUCAAUUGAAGAAAGGGUUUGCGGAAUGUGUGGCAGAGAGUUCAUGUCAUUAAGAGGUCUCUCUGGCCACAUGAGGAUGCACAAAAAGGAUCGUACAGUCUCCAAAGACACAAGGACCAGUUCAAGAUGCAAUCUUUUUGUGGAGAGCUUAUGGGAAUCUGAGGCUGUGAAUCUGGUAAGAAGGGGAUCGAAUAGAUUGAGGUCCAAGAUGAGUUCGAAUUCGUCUCUAUCUAGCUUGAAUGGAUCAUAUUCUGAUACUGAAACUGUGGACAACUUGGACAAGGCGGCUAAUUGUUUGAUGAUGAUGUCCAGGGGUGUACACAAUUGGGGUGAAUUGGUUUCAGGUUGUGAGUUCAAAGGUAAUAAUUCUGAGUCUUUUAAGCUUAAAUCAUCCUUCGAAAACAAGCAAAUUGCUACGGAUGGAAAUGCCAUUUUUGAUGGGGUUAGGCCUCCUGAAAGGAAGAAACAUAAAGUAGAGAAAUCAGAUCCCAAAUUGUAUGAGGAACCUGAGAUUGAGAAGGUAAUUCAUGAUGGAAGGAAAUGCAGCUCCACUACAGUUGAAUCUAGUGACCAGUUGAUGGAUGAUAUUGAUUUGAAUGUUACUGGUUUGGAAUCCAUGAAAUUGGGGAAAAAUUCUGGCAGGAAGAAAACACCUUAUCGCAGGAAAUGUAUUUCUCCAGAUUCUGAAAUCUUUGAUGAUUCAGGAAGGAGGGAUGAAUUUCAAUGUAAUUACUGCGAUAAGGUGUUUCGUACUUGCCGGGCUCUUGGAGGUCACCAAACCCUCCAUCGAAAGCAAAAAAGCAUUGUCGCAAUGGAGGUAGAUAACUGCUCUGGAAACAGGCUCGGUGACUGUGUGCCUGAAACAUAUGUGAACGCCAAGCUCGCUGAACUUAAAGGCACUGAGGAUUCAAUGGAGCAAGAGAUAGUUGGUGUGAUUUUGAUGAAUAAGGGGUCAGUAGAUAGUAAUGUUCACAACUGCCCAAUAUGCUUUAAGGAAUUUGCAUCAGGCCAAGCUCUAGGAGGCCACAAGAGAGUUCAUUCUGCUAAGAAUUCUGGGACUAGCAAAGAACAGAUAGCUCAGAAGAAGCAAGACCUGUCAGAUAUGUCCAGUAUGUUGGACCUUAAUAUGCCGGCCAUGCCUCAGGAGGAGGACAGUGACAAUGGUGGCUCGGAAACCACCUCAAGAAUGAGCGAGUAA